AUGGCCACCGGAAUCCUCGCGACGGCCCUCCACGCUUUCCCGAGCCCACUAUCCAUCCCCAUCUCCGCAACCGUCGUCGUCGUCGUCGUCGUCCCAGCAGUACUCCUGCUCGUGAAACUCCACACGGAUCCACUAAGACACAUCCCGGGCCCGCUCAUCGCGCGACUCACCCCCCUCUGGCUCUGGACCCUGACCCACCGCGGCAUCGAGUGUCGCACCCUCGCCGCGCUCCACAGCCGCCACGGCCCCGCAGUGCGCAUCGCACCCAACGAAGUCGACCUCUCGGACGGCGCUGCGCUGUACCCCCUCUACGCGAAGAAUGGCGGCUGCGCCAAGAACCCCGUCUACGCCAACUAUGACAUCGACGGAUUCGCGACGAUUUUCUCCGCCGUGGAUGCCGUGCAGAGGGCCACAAGAGCGCGGGCUGUAGCUCCCCUCUUCGCGCAACGGGCGAUCGUGGAGGGGAGGCCCACCAUGCAGGCGGUCGUGGAUGCGGCUGUGGCGGAGCUGGGGGCGAGGAGAGCAGUAGCGCACGGCGCGCCCAUCGACGUCCUGGAUCUCUUCCGCUGCUUGGCCAUCGACGUUGUGAGCCUGUAUCUAUUCGGGGAGUCGUUCGGCGGGCUCGGGAGCAAGGCCCCACUCGCCGCGACGCCCUUCGUGGAUGCGUUCGCUGCAGGCGGCCGGUUCUUCUACGUACCUGGAUGGCUCCUCAGGCACGUCGACCACUGGGCCGGCAAGUUUGAGAAGGGGCCAGGGUCCAUUGCCGCGAGCACGGCUGUCGUCAAGGAGUUCGCGGCGCGUGUGGUUGACAGGAGCAUUGCGGGAGAGAAAGCCGGCGUCGCGCAGACGUCGACGUACCAGGGCAGACUGCUGCGUGCUGGCAUCUCGCGCGAAGAGACAAUAGCACAGGUGCUGGAUGUGAUGUUUGCGGGCACAGAUGGCAUUGCAAUGACCAUGUCUGUUCUCUGCUGGAAUCUCGCGCGGCUCCCAGACAAGUACACCCGCGCCCGACACGAGUUGCUCAACAACCCCUCCCCCCUCAACGGCCAGUCCCUCCCCUACCUCACCGCCAUCGUCAAAGAAUCCCUGCGCCUCUCCAUGGCCAACCCGACCCGCCUCCCCCGCAUCGUCGGCGCGGAAGGCCUCCACGUCCCCGGCCUCCCAACGCUUCCCGCCGGCACGAGCGUCGGCCUCGGGGCGUACGUGCUGCACCAUGACCCGGCUGUAUUCCCGCAGCCGCGCGAGUUCAUGCCCGAGCGCUGGCUGGCGUGCACGCCGGAGAUGUUGCGGAAUAGCGUUCCGUUUGGCGUCGGCGCACGCAUGUGUAUUGCGCGAAACCUUGCGGUGGCGGUGCUGCGGUGGACGGCGGAGGCUUUGAUCCGGGCGGACGUCUUGGGUAAGAAUAAUAAUAUUCAUGAUGGUGGUGUUGGCGAUGGUGUGAGGGGGGUGGUGCAGGAUGGCAUUGAAAUCAUGGAGUGGUUUAAUGCAAAGGUUGUCGCGGGGAAGAUUGAGAUAUAUUGA